GUCGCCGUCCCGAGCCUUCGACAGCUCCCUGGCGCGCGGCGGCGCCUCAGCCCCGCCGCCGACCCUCCCCUGCGCCCCCAGCCAUGAAGAUCGCGCCCCGCUUCGCUGGAAGGCGAGUGUUCCGGCGGUGAGCCCUUCCCUGCGGCAGCCCCCCGCCCCACGGGACGUGGGGCGACGAGGGCUUCCAGGCACUUUCAAAGGUCUCUAAUCCCACAGGGGCUGGAUUUCUGGAGGGACAGUGUGGCGGGUUUGAUGAUUAACCAUUUCUGAAAUGGCCGAAAAAGACGGAGGCCUUCAAGCACGGAGGUGGACUCUGCCAAAGGUGGUGGCUGUGAUAACCAGUGGCCUCCUCCUCCUGACUGGGAUUGGAGCUGGAAUUUGGGCAAUAGUGGUGUCUGUGCUCGGAAAUGAAGGAGAAAGUCUCUAUGUUGUUCAGGUGAGCCCCGGAGACCUGCGUCUCACCAUGUAUGAUGAAAAUGAAGGGAAAUGGAGGCUUAUCUGUUCCUCCUCCUCCGACGCCCAGGUGGCGACCCUCAGUUGUGAAGAGAUGGGCUUUGUCAGGUCUCUCUCCCAUUCCGUUCUGGCUGUUGGCAGGGCAGGGGCCAAUGGGACAUUUGGCUAUUUCUGUGUGGAUGAGUCUCGGCUACCUUUUGCACGAAGGCUGAGAGAGGCCACCGUUGUGUGUGAAUGUCCAACAGGUCAGUUCCUGGCAACACUCUGCCAAGACUGCGGGCGCAGGAAGUUGUCUGUGGACCGGAUUGUGGGCGGCCAAGAUGCCAGCUUGGGGAAAUGGCCGUGGCAAGUCAGCCUGCGUUACGAUGGGACGCACCUUUGCGGUGGGUCGGUUAUCUCAAAUGAAUGGGUCAUCACAGCUGCGCACUGCUUCCCAGAGAGGAACCGAGUGGUGAGUCGGUGGCGGGUGUUCCUGGGUGCCGUUUCCCAGCUCUCCACUAAGGGUGUGCAGGUGGGUGUGACGAGCAUCGUAUACCACGGUGCGUACCUGCCCUUCCUGGAUCCCAACAGUGAGGAGAACAGCAACGACAUUGCCCUGGUGCACUUGGCCACACCCCUUUCUUUCAAUGAAUACAUCCAGCCUGUCUGCCUUCCAGCACUGGGCCAACCCCUGGUGGAUGGGAAGAUUUGUACGGUGACUGGCUGGGGCAACACGCAGUACUAUGGACAACAGUCAGAUGUGCUGCAAGAGGCCAGUGUGCCCAUCAUCAGCACCAGCGUCUGCAACAAUCCCGACUACUAUGGGAAUCAGAUCAGACCCCGGAUGUUCUGCGCCGGCUUUGCUGCUGGAGGGACAGACGCCUGCCAGGGAGACAGCGGCGGGCCCUUUGUGUGUGAGGACAGCAUCUCACGGACUUCACGCUGGCGGCUCUGUGGUAUUGUGAGCUGGGGCAGUGGUUGUGCCCUGGCCAAUAAGCCGGGGGUCUACACCAAGGUCAAUGACUUCCAUGGAUGGAUCUAUGGUGCCAUGAAGGCUUACUCCCACACCAGCGGCAUGGUGAUCCAGAACUGAAGUCCCAGGAAUCGCGAUGCGGACCUGCCUCCUCCCCAGCCUCCUCCCCUUCCAGUGAGGUGUUGCUGCUUUACAAGAGAAAAAAAUGGGAAGGGGACAUUGCAAAGGGAACAAACAGCCACGCUGGACUAUGCACUUUGGCCGACUCCAGUGUUAUGGGGACGAGCCAAGGACAUCCAUGCCAAGCGGUGUGGUCUCAGUGCCUCACAGGCCUCUCUCCCUGCCUCUUCUGCACCAGCCUAUCAGAAUGGUGCUUCUGGCCUUUACUUGCUCCCCUCUGAAUGAAUUCCCACCCUGCUUUUCAGGGCACUUGAGACUGGCUCAUGAGCAAUUCCUGCGGUGUGCGAACACUGGCAUAACUCUGGUCAAGCCUACAUCCGUUUCUACUCAGCAGAAGUGAAUGUUGUCAGAUUUAGGGGUUCUCGAUAUAGGAGGAGUGAAUUCUGGCAGGUCAGAUUUCAGAGGUGACAGUCCAAAUCCAAUGUUUGCUCCGAUUUUGGAUUGGUAUAAAACUCUCAUUUCAGAUCCAGACCAUCUUGCUGGGGCCAGAAGGCAAUCCCCAGACAGGUUUUCUAAUCACCCUCAGGGCUUCUUUUGCAAGACAUUGGCACCCAGUCUGUUCUGUCCACUUUUCUCUUGGUGUUGCUCUGCAGCAGACAGGUCCAGGGCCACAACAGAGCUGAACCCUAAGCUGAAAUAGUUUGCACAAGUGGCAUCUCCAUCAUUUUCUCUAUGCCUCCCCCUUCCUUUUUGUUCAGGGACUUUGAAGAAAGGGGGCAAAAGACAGAAGGAAGAGGAGGAAGUCAGAUGUGUGUGUUUGUGUGUGUGUGUGUGUGUGUGUGUGUGUGCGCGCUCAUCAGUAGUAUACUGAUAAGUGUUGAAGUGCAGGCACUUGUGACAGUCCCUGCCAUCCAGGAGAGUCCAAAAAUGCAGUUGGCUGCCAUGAUCCAUAUUAGGAUAUCUACGUGCAGUAGGUUUGGUCUCCAUUAGGAAGAGCUCCUCACUGCCUGUCCAGGACCAAGCUACUCAGAAAAUACAACGAAGAAUAAUAUAGGGUUGCUGGGAAAAUUAAUCUCUGAUUACUCUGAGGAUUGCAGCUGAGCUCAGAGGGAAUAGCUGAGCUCUGAGAGGGGUGACAGGUGGAGUCAGAGCCCCUGUGAGCAAAAGGUGCUGGCACAGCAUCCUGGCAAGCCUGGAUUCUGCCUCACCAGCGGGGUGUGAUGUAUCAUGACAAGUGGAACAAAAUAGGUUCAGCCUCAGGAGGGGGAAGCAGUGAGAAAACUGGGACUGGUAGUCCUGGGGGAGAGAUCGCCCCUCCUUGCGGCUUGCUCAAGGUGGACAGGAGUGAACGCAAUACAUCUGCUUGUGCUGUAGCUGAAUGCACAUGCUCUGUUAGACAGAAUCCUGAAAUCUCAGGCACAGGAGGGGAAGCCCAUGAUGGGUGGUGGAGCUUGCCCCCUUGUUCUUGUUUCCACCCUUGCAAGUAGAGCUCACACAUGAGGCGUGUGUCUGAUUAGCUACAAUACAAACGGAAAGUGGGCCCCAUGUCAGGCUGAAGACAGAUUCCUGGUCCAAAGAGUAUCAGUGCUGGUUAGGAUGGGAGGACAGAAGGACCACAGACAGGGGAGAAUGUCGCUAGGGGUGGAUUGUCCUUGCCAGUCCUUGCUUCUCUUUCUGAAUGGGCAAAGGAUCUGCUGGAGACACAAUACACCAGCUGGUUUCUGUAUGUGUGUGUUUCAUCCUCCCAUUGGAUUUUCAAGUGUGUAUUCUAAGGAGGUGUGGGGGACUUGUACCAACUGAUGGAGCCUUAGGAGUUCUGCUUGUGUCCCUUGGACUAUCUGCUGGUGCUUUCAGGUCAGAAAGAGCUGCCAACAGUCUUGAAUCUGAUGUCUUGCACCAAGUGGAUGCAGUCUAGACUUGGGGGACUCCAGAGGAACGCCAAUCCCAAUCUUCUGGUUAGCAAGUGAGAGCAACUGUAAUGAUUGCUAGUGGCAGUCAUGGGCCAUGAUUCUCUAGGGAAGCACAUGAAGUUUGUCUGGUCUGUUCCUGUAUAGCUUUGCACUGGGAACCUGCUUCAGUUAUACACAGGGAGCAUCGAUAAAGAUUGCAUCAGGUGUGUACACACUUGAUGAGCAACGGGUGCUUCUGGAUACAUGGGUGAAUGUAUCUAGGGCUGACUUUGCAGGACCCCUAGGCCAAGUGACCUCUGGUGGGCUUCCUUUGGCAGCAGGUCUGUUGGGGUUUUCUGGUAGCAGUCGAUCAAGCUAGACCAGAUGGCCAAGUCUAACUGCCAUUUUAAUUUCCCACAAUGCUCCAGAACUAUACUUUUUCAGAUCCACCAUGGCAGAUUAAUAUGGGAACAGGUGCAACCACCCACCACAGCUCCAAGUUCUGAGCUUGAUUUGAUGUUGAAUGGGAGGUGGACAGGUCAGCAUCAGCAGGGGCCAUACUGGAAUCCUGGUAGUUGGCCAUGAAUGCCAGGUGCUGGCUCCAGCCCUCAAUGUAUGAGCACCCAAGCACACUGCUCAAAAGCAGCUGCACCUCUCCAGCAUUUCUGGGCACGGUUGCACAUGCUCAUUGAUUCAGUGCUAAUUCAUAAGUUAUUGAUGGGGACAAUUAGGUACAUUUGAUGUCCUUCUGGCUAAAGGAAAACAUUUUGUUUGCAGGUGGUUGAGGCCAAAGGUUCUCCCUCUGUCUUCUUAUAUUGUAAAUAGAUUACUAACUGGCUCUGCACUGUCCUGUGUGACCAUGGAUCAGUUUGCUCCAAUUGUAUAUAUUUGCAUAAUUAUGAUGAUUUCAAUAAAUAAAGCCUGUUUUGAUUAUA